AUGAAUGCAUCAGCUGAUUCGCACGAGGAUAACGGCAUCUGCGGAAGCGACUCGGACUCCACUGCCGACGAUUCAAGCGACUACUACCAGCCUAUUUCCUCCGUCGAUAACGGCGGCGAAGACUCAGACGACAGCGGCGCAGAUCUAUCCGAUCGAGAUCCGAAUUCUACUUUCCAUCCACUACCAAAUGACUGGGUGGAGAACGGAGUAUCUUCGCUAGAUAGAAGCGAUGACGAUGCUGAGAAGGAAGUCGAGGAGGCGACCGAAUCUGAGAGGGCGAUUGAGCGAGCUUUCAGAGAGGACGAGGCGCGGCGGAACGCUCCUCUCACGGCGGAGAACACCGGCAGGGUGAUGGAUGCGAUGCGUCAGAUCUCGUUCGGCGGCGGCGCUCCAGACUGGGCAUGCCAGAUCCCCGAGGAUCAGUGGAUUGACCGGCUCCGGCGGUUGCGGCCGCCGUCCUCUGCACCGAUUGAUCACUGA